CAAGAGCAUCUCGACCUGCGUCACCUCCGCACUUUCCCUUCUCCCUUCUGCCAGUCACUUCCUUCCGCCUCCGCCUGCAUCCGCCCCCUUGCCCAGCACUUGCGUUCAGCGACAUCCUCUGCUCAUGAUCCUUCCUGCCGUGGCCGCCUGACAACCCGACGCCCGCCUCUUCGCCGACCCGACGCACCGCUGCGCACCCCGACCUCCUUCUCCCUGAUUCAAGAUCGCAGCAGUGGUCGCGUGACCUCAGAUUGCCCGUCAUGCCUUCCUCGCGCAGCUCUAGCACGGGGCAGGUCAUUGAGUAUCUCCCAGACCGCCUCUAUCUGGCCUCAUACAUUACACCUCCCACAGCCGACACGGUGUUCCCCUACCCCGAGCCAUCUCUCCGUGGAUCACCGUCCAAGCGCUCCCAGCGCGCGGUAGACCCGGCCGCUCAGUCGAAAACCAGCAGACAAGCUCCGUGCUACUUCACCGUCGACGACACGCUUCUGUACAAUGCGUUUCACCACGACUUUGGCCCGCUGCACAUCGGUCACCUGUACCGCUUCGCCCUACAGUUCCAUGAUCUGCUUGGUGCCAAGGAGAACCAGAAUCGCCCAAUUGUCUUCUGGAGCCGGCCAGACGCGCGGAGUCGCGCAAAUGCCUCUUGCUUGUUGGCAUGCUACAUGGUUCUGAUCCAGUCGUGGCCGCCUCAUCUCGCCCUCGCGCCGAUCGCGCAGAUCGAUCCCCCGUUGAUGCCUUUCCGCGAUGCUGGCUACAGCCAGGCAGAUUACGGCUUGACCGUGCAGGAUGUCGUCUACGGUGUCUGGAAGGCCAAGGAGGAAGGCUGCUGCGUUUUGGACAACUUUGACCUCGACGAGUACGAGAGAUUUGAGCGUGUGGAGCACGGAGAUUUCAACUGGAUCACACCUCAUUUCCUGGCUUUUGCCUCACCUCAGCAGACGCCGGUCGCCCGUGUUUCUGAAUCCUCCGAGGCGUUUGAGAGACUUCCCAAGACCAUUGGCGCUGUGAACGCGGAUCCCAUGCUUCCCCAACCAUUCAAGAACGUGCUCAAGCACUUUGUCGAGCGCAACAUUGGGCUGGUGGUUCGGUUGAACUCUCCAUUGUAUUCCCCCUCGUACUUUGAAGCUCUGGGCAUUCAGCAUCUCGACAUGAUUUUCGAGGACGGCACCUGUCCUCCUCUGAGCACCGUUCGGAAAUUCAUCACGCUGGCUCACGAGACUAUCACAGUGAAGAAGAAGGGGAUCGCAGUUCAUUGCAAGGCUGGCUUGGGCCGUACUGGCUGCCUCAUUGGCGCCUACCUCAUAUACCGACACGGCUUUACAGCCAACGAAAUCAUCUCGUUCAUGCGCUUCAUGCGACCAGGCAUGGUCGUUGGCCCCCAGCAACACUGGCUUCACAUCAAUCAGGGCACUUUCCGCCAGUGGUGGAUCGAGGAGCGGCUGGAAAGGAAGCUGAGGAAGGAGUUUGCCUCGAACCCGGCUCCCAGCACUCCGAUUCGGGCAAUGCAGAAGGCGUCGCUGGGCAGAAAUGCUCAGAACUCGACCCCGCCUAACAGAAGCCCCUCGAAUCGGACACCACUCAGCGAGAUGGACUCCGAGCGUCGCAACGCGGGAGUUCAAGAGGACUUCCUUCCUGCUCCUACGCCAGGACAGCCGAGAAAGACCAGCCGGGUCGACCGGCACCACCCGUAUCAGCGCAGCACCAUCCAGACCACGCUUGAGGAGGAGGUUUACGAGCAAGAGACCGAGAUCAUCUCGAUCCACCGCGAGUCAGACAGCAACGGUUCUGAUGAGGAAGCACAUAUCCGCAUGCGCUCUCGUCAACGGGCGUCUCAGUCUCCCGCUCGCAGCGAGAAGAGCCGGUCGAUCAGCCACACCACGACAACAGUCUAUCAAAUUAUCGACAACGAUGCGUCCAACGAUGCCGAGAACAUUGGCAGUGGCCGACCCAAGAGCAUCCCCGAUCAUGUCGGCAGCUCUCCGGUGCGCUCUGCUAGCGCCUCUGGCGUUCUGACAAAGGUUCGUGGCAGCAAGCGCUCCACCGAGUCGAGCCGCACCAAGGAGUCCUCCGGCGUUCGCAAGACAAGUGGACGGGUUGGCAGUGUGAGCGCCAAUCCCAGCGCCGCGUCGACCGUGCGCAAGGUGUCGGCUAUGUAGGGAUGAAGAUCCUUCGGCGGUCGCGCCUGCCGGGGUGGGAGAAUUCGCUUCUUUUGCUGCGUUUUCUUGCAUAUCAUUUUACUUUGAUAAUCUUACGGGCACCCACCACCACUUGACGAUGACGAUAUUCACGACUCACACCCUCUCUGCAUGCACAGGCGUUCUUGGGGUCUCUGCCGAGCGGACUUCCGUGGCGAAGUCAUCCUUGAUGCGGAUUUUUGGGGCAAAAGGGGUGUUUUUGGCGUUUUGGAGUGUGUUUCUGCUUGCAUGGCUUCACGAAAUCUUGUACUGGUUAUGCUUUUUGGCUUCUCCAUGGCACUGUAUUGUAUUUGUCCAGUUUUAAGUCCACCAAUCCGACCUACCCAAUGGUUAGUCAUUCAUGAAGGGCUUGAAAGACCGCAUCCAGGGUGAAGCAGUGACAAUCAAAGGUCGACAUCUCGU